AUGUCGAGCGCGGGUGACGCGGGUGGCGAGGUACACCUGAUCACAGCAAUUAACCUUGGUCUAUAUAUUAACCUGGGUUCAGAAAUAAACUGGACCAGGUUAUUAUUGGUUUUGACCUGGAGGAAACAGUCUUAUGAUAAGUCGCCUUUAGAGUUCAAAAAGGGCGAGAACGCAUGUCGCCGCCUCGAUAUGGUCUUUGGGCGGAGAAGCAGCUCUUUUCUGAGCUGCAGACAAUAA